AUGAUCGAUACAGCAGGAGGUCUCCAGCUCCUCCGAGGCCGCGACAAAGCCAUCAAGCACGAGAUAGGACUCGGACACCUCCAAGAUCUCGCCGCGAAAGGACUCCGUUGCGACGCCGCGCCGACAGCCGAGAUAGGAGCCGAAGGCCAGCGUCUCCAGCUGCUCGACGGAGCCAUCGUGGCCGGGAUAGGAGUCCAUCGCCAGACCGCCGCCGUGUCCGUCAAAGAACCAGGAGUCCGUCGCCAGAUCACCGCCGCGACCGUCAAAGAGCCAGGAGUCCGUCCUCGUCAUACUCUUACCGCCAUCACCCAGGAAGGGUGGAACGCGCCGACUCAUACCGGCCUAGCACCCAACGCAGGGAGCGUCCAAGCCACCGCUCCAGGAGCCGUUCGCGGGACCGGGCUCAGCGAGCGAAUGCACCACAGCACUCGAGCAAUGACGGCAGGUGGCGUUCACGAGGGCCAUCCAGGGGUCGUAGAAGUCCUUCUCGAUCUGAUCUGCAUGAGUCGUCCGCCACGGAAGAAUGGUUCUCCGGGCAGGACUGGGUCGGCAGCAGAGUUCUUGGACCAGGCCCAGUCGGAAGAACAGGAUUUCUUCGACGACGACGCCGAUUUCCUUGCUGAAAUGGAGAAACAUGCUAACACGGUGUCUGUAGGGACUGGCGGUCAGAAGCCGUCGACAAACAUGCCCCUCACAUCCACCAGCCAAGCGGCCGAAGUCUCGAAGAGCACCAAAUCGAUGGUCCGAAGCGACGGGAAGCGAGAAGUCGUCGAAAGUGUUCCCACGAGCCUAAGGCUUGCGAGACGCCAGACUGAAGACGGCAUGAAUAUUCCAAGGCCACAGGUACAGACAAAGCGGGUGUCCGUGUAUCCAGCUGCGAAGCCCAGCCAAGAAGCUUCUUCGAUUGCCAGUGGUACCCAAGCAGAUGCACCUGCUAACAGCCUCCAGCGAGACAAGGCCAGUACAGUUGCUGGCGACCCACAGUUUGAUGCUUCUCAAGUUGACAAAAGUGCUCAGGUAGAUGCAUCCGCUAACGGUCUCCAGCAAGACAAGUCCAGUACCUUUACUGGCGGACCGCAGCUUGAUGAUUUCUUCUUUCUGAAUGAUGACGGCUUAACUGACCUUCUGGACCAGAUUGCGCAAGACACGUCACUGCAGCCACAGCCACAAGAGCAGAUCGUCCGGGAGAACCAAUCUACCCUUCUGGAGACGCGGCCACAGUCACAAGAGGACAUCAACCAGGACAACCCAUCCACCCUUCCGGAAGUGCAGGCAGGGCUGCAACGGAACUUGACAGCUGCCUGCCAGACUUGCCGCAACCGGCACGUGCGAUGCGAUGGUCGCAAGCCGAUAUGUCAACGAUGUGCUGACGAGGGAUGCGAGUGCUUGUAUACCGUCUCCCGGCGCGGUAAAAGACGAGCAUGGAAAGACAAUGCCCCUGGACCCGAUGAUACGUUCGUGGGAAGCUGGCCACCUCCGCCGAUUCAGCGGUCCACAACUCGACCGUGGUCCAACUCAGGAACUGUGUCGUACGGCUCCCUUGGCUUUGGGAUACUUCAGCCAGGACUGACAGACAGUACCCAUUCGCCGUAUGUUCCGGCGUUUCCACAGCCGACUGCAGUCAGUGCAUACGGAUCAUACGGGCCUCCAAGGGCGGAGCCGACUCCAGUCGGUACAUACGCAUCAUACGGGCCUCCAAGGACGGAGCCGACUCCAGACAGUGCAUACGCCCCAUACGGACCCUCGAGGCCGGAACCGAUCCAGGACGAAGAGCUAUUCAGCUAUCAGACUGCCAGCCCCGGUGUAGUGCCCACAGUGCAUUACUGUACUACGAUCCAAGAGUGCGAGCAAGCUGCGCAACUGCUGUCAGGAGAGACUCUCCUCAGUCUGGACAUAGAGUGGAAGCCAGGGCCCGCGUCAAACUUUGCAGGAGAAAACCUUUCCGUUAUACAGAUGGCGUCUCGAGACAAUGUUCUCGUGCUCCACCUGGCUCUUAUCCCGACCAUGCCACCUGGGCACUCUGGAGCGGCGCCGGAGGUAAUGGCCCGUACACUCAAAAACAUCAUUGAGAACGGGUCCAUAAUGAAGGUUGGCAAUGCCAUCAAGGGCGAUCUCACUCGAGUUGCGAAGUGGUCCGGCGUGGACCUAUCGCACACGAAUGUGGUAGAUACAAUCGACUUGGCCAAAGAUCUGGUGACGGACCUACCAAACAGGCAGCUCGCUACCAUGGUGUCGCAUUUCUUGAAGAAGAGGCUCCCGAAAGACGCUGUCCGGACGAGUGAUUGGUCUAGGCCGCUUGGCCAAGAGCAGAUUCAGUACGCCGCGAACGACGCCUACGCAUCGCUUCUGGUCUUUCAACACUUCCAAGUAGCUUUCGCACAAUCGGGUUUUACGGCCAGCGUAAAGGAUCGAGCAUCUUGCAGGCCAGACGACAAAGGCUGGAUAGCUCGCUCGUCAUCCGUGAGGAAGCCAGGGACAUCCAAGCAGGUGGCCGGAUCAGUGAAUCCGUUCUUCUUUGCAAGGCCGCAGUCCAUCGCUGCUGGUCCUGCCACACCAUCGAUAACUCCCCGUCCUGCGGCAACGCCGAUCACGCCCCGACCUGCCACGCUCCGUGAAAGCGCGGCUAUCUUGGCUGAGCGGGCGAACGCAGCCCGACAGCGUCAGCGGCAGCUCAUUCGCGUCCCUACCGUUAGCUCUCGGAUGUCCGGCUCGAACAAUUGGGGCACAACGCACACCGUAGAGGACCUUCGGACUGGCAGCGCUCAGGUGGGAACUUGGCUCCACGGCUGGCUGAAAGACAACUCGACACCAGAAGUCCAGAUACCGGACGUGAUCACGAUAGACCGGGUAGCCAGAGGGUGCCACCCCAUUGCCACGCCACCACGAGAAGAGUCUGGCCCAUGGCACGAACGAGUUGUGGCUGUCCGGGAGCGUUUCGGGGACGAUUUCGAUAUCGAGUUCGUCGUUCUGCUUCGUGGAAUCGACGGACUAAUGCAGACUCAAACGCACUUCAAGCGACUGUUCAAGUGGUAUCGCGAGCAAUACCGGUAUGACUUCUGUUUCAUGGUCUGGCAACCCUCUGGCAUACCGACGCAAUAUGCCAAUUUCGACUUCGCGAAAUCCAUGUUUGAAGAUCCGAUGCUGGUAGGAAGUUGGUCAAAGUUGAUGACACUGGACGACAUGGUCAAGGCGACGCCCGGAGACGCCACCGUCGAAGGAAAGUUUUGGGAACUUUGUGAAGACAUGACUAUAUCGAAGGCAGGAAAGGAGCCUGGCACUGCUGGUCACAAUGCUGGUCGCAACAGCAUACCUCCCAGUGGUUCUUUAUUUCAGUGGCAUGCAGGGCAGAUAGGAGAAACGUGA